AUGGACCAAAACACCACAGUCACACUCCUAGAGCUUGCUGCAAAGAGCCUGCUGAAUAAUGAGCCUGCAGCUAUCCAUGCCCUGGACGAAAUCCCAAGAGAACUCUUUGUUCCAUUGUUCAAAGCUGCCUUCAUGGGUGGGCAUAAGACAAUGCUAAAGGCAAUGGUGAGGGUUUGGCCUUUUCGCUGUCUCCAUAUUGGGUCAUUGAACACACGACGAGAGGCAUACUAUGACACCUUGGAAGCCAUGAUUGAUGGACUGCAGAACCUCCCUGCUCAGAACUCUUCCUCUUGGGGACCCAAACUGAGGAUCCUAGAUUUAAGGAGUGACCUGGACUGUGAGACAGUAUGCUCUGAAAUUGGGACCGCAUUCCCUUUCUGUUUUCAUUCAUGCAUGUACUCUCAGCACUCUGUCCUUAAGAUAGAGGAAGCUCAGCAGAUUGUCAGGAGCCACGGGAUUGGUAAUUCCGGGUCUGAGCCUCAGUCAGCACAGGAAACCAUGGAAUUACUAGUGGAUAUUUCCCUCAAUAGUACCUUGAGAACACAGCAAUUCCUCUCUUUCCUCUGUAGUAAAGUUCAGGAGAACUUUGGGUCCUUGCACCUCUGCUGCAGAGAUUUGCAAAUCGAUAGAAUAUCUGCCCACAAAAGUAUCCUGCAGUUUCUGGAUCUGGGGUGCAUUGAUUACCUGGAAAUAGACCAGGCUAAUCUGAAUGAAGUCGUCACCCUUUUGCCUCGGGUAAUCCACCUGGAUAGCCUUACUCUUGGUAACAUCCCUUUUAAAUCUUAUAAGAGGAGAAAAUUCAGAUCUUUUCUCCUCUGCCUUCAGCAGCUGCACAAUCUCCAGGAGCUCAGCUUAUCAUUCUUCUGCCUCACAGACCAACUGCACAAAGUGCUCAGGGUUGUGCCACCUCAGUUGGAAACACUGUAUCUACCUUUCUGUAGCCUUUCUCACAGAGAUGUCACUGUCCUGUCCCAGAGCUCUCAGGCCACCCACCUAAGGGUAUUGAGUCUCAGUAACAACCAGAUCUUCUCAGAAGUUUAUGAGCCCUUCCAGACUCUGCUGGAGAAGGUCUCAAGCACCCUGCAACAUCUGGAGAUAAAUAAUUGUAUGAUAACUGAUUUUAUUCUCUCUGCCCUCCUCCCAGCCCUGAGCCACUGUACCCACCUCCGUGUCCUUAGCUUUGCCCACAAUCCCAUUACAAUGCCUCUGCUCAAGAGCCUUCUGCAGCACUUGACACCAUUGAUGAUGCUGAAGUAUGUGACUUAUUCGGUCCCUGUCCAUUGCUACGAGGAAUGGAAUUUUCAUGACACUUUGGACCAACAGAAACUUGCUGAAGUUCAGGCUCAGUUGGAGGAGAUGCUGCACGGGGCACAGCGGGAUGACAUGACCUGGGACACUUGUUCAGAGUGA